GCAUGCAUGCGAGUUGUCGAGCUGAAAAAAGAGGCAUGUGUAUUAUGUUGACGGUAUGGCAAUGGAGCUACGGCAAACAGAAAUAGAGUACGGAAUUUAUUCAUUGCAAUAUGUAUUUUCUUUUGCGAAGAAAAGGGUAAUUUUUGCAAAGGAACAUGAGUUUAGAGAUUUAUGAUUUGCCGAAAAUACAUGCAUAUGUUUUGCAUUAUGAUUUAAUAUUCUGUAACUAAAUGUAGCUCAAAUGAAUUUUUUUAAACAUCUUUAAUUUAGGCACAGCUUGAAAAUUUAACUUAUGAACAUUAUUUUUAAUUCACUUCAUGAAAGGAAAAUAAACUUACAAUGAAGUUAUACGAUAUUUGAAUAUCUACACUUGUGUUUGCUACAUGUUCCCUGUGAUAAUUUAUGUAUUAUGCAGAUUUUGGAUGCUGUCAAAAAACUGAGCUUUAUAAAAGAGUUGCACAUUUUUCCAGAAUUAAAUUCCAGAAUUUCAUUUGAAUAAUGAGCUACAUUUUUAUCAUGAAAUUUGUUUAAAAUUUUAUUUUGUUGCUUAUUGUUGAUACCUUUCACAGCAAUAUACAGUUGCAGAACAAUUGAUGUUGCUAAUCAUUUUCAAAACGAAACAAAUACUAUUACAUCUUUCACAAGUAUGAUGGAAUUGUUGUGCUAUUAAAAUGUUUCAAGUUCCUACGAAAAUUUCCUAGUGCCUUAAUCCUUCGUGAAACAUAUUUUUAUAAAAAUUAAAUAUUGCCAAACAAUAGACUUUAAAUCUAUUAAGUAGCAUCUUGAUAUAAAUUUUUGCUGACAGAAUUUUAUUGCAAAUUAUCUGAAAUUCAUACGUAAUUUUAUUGUCGCCUGAAAUAUAUUGGAUUCUGUCUACUUCGAAUUACGAAUUAUUAGUAAUUUUAGAUAAAUAUAAACAAGUUUUCAAAAAGUGAAAGUAAAUUUUGAAGGAUAUGUUUCUUCAACACAGUUCAUUUUACUUUGAGCUGGGAUGACAACUUGUAGUGAUUUAGUUUUGUGGAUGCUUAUUAUUAUAAAUUCUAACCAAAGAACAUGCUUUUAAAUAAACGUAUUCGAAGAAUUCUCUGGAGGAUUUUCCUAGCAAUUAUUGGAUUAUUUUUAUUAAUAUGUGUUGCAUUCUUGGAUGUCCAAAUGCAACUUCAAAAUUCUGUUGUCCUGGACAGAAAAGAUAGAUCUUGGAAUGUAUCUUCUAGACGAAGGAUGUUAAUGCAAAGGAUUGAGCGGUGGCAAAAGAACUCCGGGAUGACUGCGAGGAGCGACCAGGAUGACGAUGCAGCCGAAACACUAACGGAACUGUUCGGCAAGGAAGAUAGAGUUCCGGACAAAGGACAGAGGCGCCGCUUGCCGGGUGCUAUAAUCAUUGGGGUGAAGAAAGGCGGGACAAGGGCACUGCUGGAGAUGUUGAGGUUGCACCCCGAAGUGGUGGCCCCAGGCCCUGAAAUACACUUCUUCGACAGACACUAUGAAAAGGGCCUCCACUGGUACAG